AUGGUCUGCGUAGCCACAUUUUAUAGCUCCGGGUGCCCUUCCGGGGAGGUCCUAGGUCGGAAUGUAUCUCGAUUCUCAUCUUCCUUCCUUCCUUCCUUCCAACUGACAUGCGCAGUCGUACUGGGAUUGCUUGUUUCUGUGACCUGCAUUCUAAUCAUUCCAGUGAAUUGGAAAGCUUUCAAUAAUUCUAUUGCUUUUGCCCGUUGCCCCGUCAUAUUUUGUAACCUCACGUGUCCGCCCCGACCUUACCACCCCCUGCCGAUCCGAGUAUCCUCGAGGACACCGUACGGGCAAUUCUGUUUUUGGAAAUUUCCCCAGAUUGGUUGUACGAAUAUAUCACCCCCUCGCCGUAUAGCCUUGCAACCGGACCAUGCAUUUAAAACAAGGGCCUUUUCGUUCAGUCCUCGUCCGAGUCACCUUCUUGGCUGCUGCGGUCUUCAGCUCUACCUCCGUGCCGCCUCCAGCUCGUUAAGAAUCCUCGAACUUGGCGUACGAACAUCUUCCUCUCUCCUACGCGCCAUCACCGCGCCACACUGGCGGUCGCCUCGCCGCAAGUACGCGCUCAUUAUCGGAGUCUGUUAUACUGGGAAGGACGGGUGGGAGCUUACCGGCCCAAAGCAUGAUGCGGAGCAAGUGAAGAAGCUGUUGCUCAAUGAUUUUGGCUUUCGUGAAGAAGAUAUUAUUCUCCUCUCCGAAUGUGGCUCCUUACCCGCACAUUCCCAACCUACCCAAGAAAAUGUGGAACGAGAGGUCGAGCUCUUUAUCAAGGAUUCGGAAGACGUCGACUAUUUCUUGAUGUACGCUGGUCAUUCGGCUCAGCGUGACGAGCUCGAGAAGCCCGGCAUCGAGGAGGAUGGGAAGGAGGAAUAUAUCAUUCCAUGCGACGCCGUCGUUGGAGGAAGCAAUAUGCCCAUUCAGGACAAGAUCGUCUCCGAUAAAUUUCUCAACAGGACGCUUGUCGCUAAGCUGAAGAAGGGAUGUCAGCUCUUCGCAAUCUUCGACUGCUGUCAUUCGGGAACGAUGCUCAACCUUCCGCAUCAACGCUGUAAUCGUGUCGGAGACCUUCAGAGCAAGAUUGUUAUCAAGCCUAUGUUAGAUUUCUUCUACCCAGGAUCGGGUGUCCAUCCGUAUCCGACGAGGAAGAAGAGCUGCAAAGGGUUCUGCCCGCACAUCCCCCUCAUGACCGGCGAUCCUCUCGUGAUCUGCAUAUCUGCGUGCAAGGAUCAUCAAGAAACUAUCGAGAUGAAGGGCCGGGGCGUCAUGACUCAGGCUAUCAUUCAACUGCUGAAGCAGCACCCGGGUCAGCUACCAACGUUUGAGACGCUCAUGAUCACGGUCAAGGCCGCCGUUAAGAAGGCAAGGCAGGAGAUGCGGUCCGAGGUCAAGGAGAAAAUACGAGAGAACUACCCGACAUCUCUCGACCGUGUCAGGCUCCCGCAAAACUACAAGGACGGCAAGAGAAUGUACCGAUCCAACUGGAAUCCUCAGUUGUCGAGUAAUGUUCCUUUGGCCUCAGAAUCUGCGACCGCUGAGCGCGUCGCUGCGAUACCUUCAUCGAUGCCUGGCAAGUUGCCAGAAGAUAUUUCUGCUCAUCGCUAUCUCAUCGCUAUCUCAUCGCUAUCUGCUGUUUAA